AUGGCUGGUUGGUUUUCGCUUGAUCCGAAUAAGCUCAAACAGAUUGCAGCAAGCACCUUGAUCAAUGCACAAAAACAAAUCGAUAAAGUCCUCGAUAUCAAGGAUGGCGCCCCUGAUCCAGAAUCUCAACCACUUGCACAUAAUACCGCGACAAGUAGUAUACAAUCAACAACGUCCGAUGAUUUCUUUUCGGCAUUCCUUGGUAACCAAAAAUCAACAGCCAUAGAGGCAAAUGAAAUACCAACAAAACCUACGGAAAACGGUGCUUCACUUCGCACCUGGAAUACAUACAGUGAUAGCAAUAAUGCGUCGUCAUUGAUCUCUUCUCCAUCACAAACAAAUACUGCUGAAACUGAUGCAAACAUUACUGACGAAAAUAAAACAACACCUGAUGAGUCUAUAGAGACCCAAACAACAUCCUCCACGCUGUCAGAAUCAAUUGAUACACAGCAGCAAACACAAUCAUCUGUAUCAUUAGCUGAAUCCUCGACCAUUACAGAAAGUUCUAGCAGUGAAAGUACAAAUUCAUUACGUCCAACCCUCAGUAUUCCAUCAUCCGAAUCAACUGUGAUUGGUCCGAUUGUAGAAAUAAAAGCUGAUGAGCAACAUAUGUUUACUCAAGCACAAUGUGACAGUUCAGAGCCGGAUGCUGAUCAUGUAUCACAAAUCAUUCCUUCUAUAUCAUCAGAUAAACGUGAUGUCAUCGAUUCUUGGAUGAAUAAUAGACAAAAUGUCAGCUCCGACAAUGGUGAACAAUCUGUACGUGAUACCCAUGACAAUGACUCAUCCUCAUUAUUGUUUACAUCAGCUUAUCCACCAAAUGAAUUUUCAACAUCAUCGAUAAUCGAUGAUGAUGUCACUCCAACAGCAAACAAUAAUUACAACAAAGAACAACAACAACAAACUACAGUUUCCACUGAUGAAGACGAUGAUAAUCCACUUCUUGAACAAUCGAAUUCUCCAACUCAUACAAUAUCAUCCAAUGGACAUGAUACACAUAGUAAAGAUUCAUCAGAUGAUGGUAAACAUACAUCAUGUGCAUCAUCGGACAUCGAAGUGAUUUCAUCUCCAAGUGUAGCUAGUGGUCUAGCUCUUAGUACCACAGAAACAUUUGAUAAAUGCCGAGAACUACGCGAUGCUCGACGACCAGUUGUGCGCGAGGUUGUCGGUCGUUUUCCCACCCAUUCUACCAAUAUGAAAUAUCAUCAUCAUCCAAUAUCCAUUGAUCAUAUUGACAAAAAUAGUACUUCGAAUUUUGAUGCAUCAUCAUGGUCAACUUUAAUCGAUGAAGCAGCUACUGAACAUAUGCAUUAUCACAAUUCCAAUGAAAGGGGUGAUGAUGACGAUCGACAAAAAUAUCAUCAAUCAGAAACCUCAAAAGAAUUGGGUGAACUAAAAGAACGUUUAGAAUUACGUGAGCAAGCAUUCCUAAAAUUAACAACUGAAUCUAAUGAACUACAUCAGACGAAUCAAACAUUAAAAAAAUCGUUGAGUGAACUUGAACAACGAACAGUACGUUUAACUAAUGAAUUUCAACAAACAAUCGAGAAUCUUUCGUUGAAAAUCGAGGAACAAAAGCAUGUUUCACAAGAACGUGAUCAAUUACGCAAACAACUUGACACUCUACAAAGACAGCUAUUAGAAAAUUCAACGUCAACUGGCAAUGCGAUGGCUGUUUUGCGAGAAAAAGAAGAACAAAUUCAACAGUUACUCGAAGAAGGUGAAAAACUUUCAAAGAAUCAAUUGAAAGAUUCGAACAUAAUCAAAAAAUUACGAGCGAAAGAGAAAGAGAGUGAUACACACAUCACAUCGCUGACGACGCAAAUUAAUAAAUUAACGAGUGAUUUAGAAGAAGCGAAGAAGAAUUUACAAGAAAAAGAAGAAAACGAGAAACAACUUAAAGAAACAGUGAAAAAAUUGGAGAAAUCCGCUGUUCAUUAUGAAAAAGAAUGUAUAUCAAUCAAAUCUUUGUACGAAGAUGCUGAAGAACAAAUCCGUAGUACAAAAGUUGCCUUAGAAAACUCCUAUAAAGAAAUCGCUGAAUUAAACAAAACCAAAGCCGCUACGGAAAGCAAAGUCGUCGAAGCCACGUUGUCAGCCGAGAUUCUACUCCGUGAAGAAAUUCGAAUGGCUGUGGACAAAGAACGAGUGAUAUCAAGACAAGAGCAAGAAAAAUUACAAAUGACCAUUGAUGAAUUACGACAUUCAAUUCAGCGUAGCGAAGCUCAAUUAAAUCGAAGAGAACAAUUACUACGACAAGAAGUUAACGAUCUUCGACAAAGACUUCAAGAAGCUGAAUCACGAAAUGAAGAGUUAACACAAAGCAUUUCCAAUGCUACACGUCCAUUACUUCGUCAAAUCGAAAAUCUUCAAACUUCUUACGUAUCACAAAUCAACUCUCUCGAAAAAACCGAACGUCAGUUGACCGAUCGACUAGCUGAAAUGCAAAUGCAAUAUGCAACAAGCAUUGAACACGAACGUGUAGCUAAUGAAAACUUGCUGGAAAUGAGCGCUAAAUGGAAGUUAGCAGAAGCUCAGUUAACGACAUUCAAACAGGAUAAAACGCGUUUGACUUCUGAACUUGAAGUUUUGAAACUGAAACUGACACAUUUUGAAGAUGCGAAGUUCAGAGAAAGAACUCAAAUUGAAUCAAUGCAAGAAGCAUUCACUCAACAAAUCAAUAGUCUUAUUCAAGAGAAGCGGCAACUUGAACUGGAUACUGAAGUUGACAAAUCGAAAUAUGAAAAUGAUUUGAAGAGAUUACAAAUUGCCAACGAAGCGUUGAAAGAACAAGUCAAUCUACAUGAUUCGAAUUCUAUACAUCGAACGAACUCAAAUCUUGAAACAACACUUGCCCAACAACACAGUCGACGAUCAUCUGGUGGACGCGAUACACCAACCGUGUUCGCAUUCGAACGUUCUGCUUUUGUUCCAACUCCGAAGCCAAGUGUAUACGAAUCGUUGCGAAACACGGGUGCAAUAGCAGUAUUGGAAAGUUUAGAAGCACAAUUGAAAGAAAAGGAAGGAGAAAUUACAUUAUUACAAAGCGAAAUCGCUGAUUUGGAACGGACGCGCGAGACUAUGGCAAGAGAGUUAGUUAAUCUAUCAACCGAAAACGAAAAAUUAAGACAACAAACUCAAAACUACCCUGUAUUAAACGAACAAUACAAAGAAUUGGAAAAACGCUACGAUGCACUUUUAACAAUGUAUGGAGAGAAACAAGAAGAAGCGGAUGAACUUCGACUUGAUUUAGCAGAUGUGAAAACACUCUAUCGAGCCCAAAUCGAUGAUUUGAUGAAACAAAAUGCUUCUCACAUGUCUUUACCCUCUAGUUAUUCGUGUCGUUCAGCAAUUCUUUCAUCAAUAGAGAAACUUUUUUCUCCCAAUCCACAAUUGCCCUAUCCAUCACAUGUUUAUAUUCACGGAAAUCAUAAUACAGGUAAAUCAACGUUGGUGAAACACGCACUUCAUCUUCACAAUCAUGCGGUUUUAUGGUUCGAUUGUCGAGAAAUUUACUCGUUGAAUAUGUUCUAUCAAACAUGUAUUUCAUCAUUGACCAACACUUCACCACCCUCAAUGAAAAGCUUCCAACUACGACACAAACGGACAUUUACUUUAUUUGUUAUUCAAAUUAAAUGA